AUAAAAUAACCAGAGCAUAUAAGGCCUGUAGACUGAUCACGUUUGCGCUUAGAAUUCCAAGAUAUCAUAAAAUCCAUUGUCCCUUCUAUUAGUUGUUCUUUUCUCUUCUCGCAACAAGUACGUUUUGCCUUUUCAAUUUCACUCUCAAAUGUUUACAUUCUAAGCAAUUGAGACAUGAUUUCUCGUGCACAAGUAAUAAUGAUGCUUUCACCUGAUUAAAACUUGCACGAUGUAUAAAAACAUAAUGCAUAUUUUCCACAACAUGGUAAUUUUAUCUUCUCGUCAUGCAGUGGUCGAAAGAGAUGAGAUUGACUCCGAGAAAUGUGAACAGAAGUCUCCAGAUUUUGAAAACAACAGUAUUUCGAAAGGUAAAGGAGACGUUUUCGAGCCAUAUGUGGGCAUGGAAUUCCAAACCGAAGAUGAUGUUAGAAAAUUCUACAUCGAUUACGCCACAAGGGUCGGUUUCGUGGUUCGAGUAGCGCAGUCCACACGUCCUGAAAAGAUCGAAGGUGGAAAUAUCACUCACUGCCUUGUUUGCAACAAGCAAGGGAUCUCUUCCAGCCCGAAAGGUAAAAUGGGCCUGGAAGGGAAGCCCAGGCCCGGUGUGCGUGAAGCUUGUGACGCAAGGAUAUUGUUUAAGCUGGAGGAGUCUGGAAAGUGGGUGGUCACUGGAGUUUUCAAGGACCAUGACCAUGCUUUAGAUCUGCAUGAAAAGGACAAGAAAAUCCACGAGCUCAAGGGGGAGCUGCAACGGCAGGAGGAGCUAUUUGCGACUCAUCGGGAGAGAUUUAUCAGUCUUGUGACUGAUAUCGAGAAGCAAGUGGAUCGACAUUUGUCUCCGAAAGUUUUAGCAAUUGUUGAGAAUGUCAAGAAAGUUGAAGUAGGGGCUUUUGUUACUUCCAAGGCAUAGGUAGUACUAGAGAUGUAGAUAUCAUCUUAAUUUGUUGUAAUUAAGUAAAUCACUUGUUGGUUUUUGUAGUAUUUGUUACGCUGCACUUUUGUUUCCUG